CCCAUCUGCCUACGGCCGCCUCCUUCCUCCCUUCUCCCUUCUCCCUUAUCACUCCCAGCAACGUCCUUCCCCAUCGUAUCGAGUAUGCAGACCCUGCCAGUAUGGAGACCGAAAACGGCGACGAUGUAAUAUUAUUAUCUGACGACGAAACGGCCUCUGACUCUGGACCCGAAGUUGCGAGGGCGCCCUUCUCAAGUACCAAAGCUCUCGGCAAGCGAAAAGUCAGGCCCGAUUUCGAGGAAAAAGUGGUAUGGGAUGAUGAUUCCGAUGACGGCCUUCAGCUGGCAUCAAAAUCUAAAAAGCGUAGAGGGGGGAAAAAGCGAGGACGGGAACAUAAAGGCCAGGAGAAAAACAAGGGCAAAGGCAAGGCGCAGAAGGAUAGCAAUCGCGAGGAUGUCAAAGGCGAACCAUCGAUCUCAGCCGGUGCCCAAGAUGACUAUGCCAUGGCGGGCGCACCGGUUUAUCUGCGGGAGAGGAGACAGGAAUUCGAUAAAACCCGCGAAUCCCUGCACGAAGCGGGCUUGCUCCUGCCACCCGACUACACCGGCAUUGAGUUUACCGACAACGAAGACGAGAGCGAAAGACCCGGACGCGGUGCCGUGGAAGAACGGCCCCAAUUCGACGACAGCACCGGCGUGAAACCGUGCCGCCCCUAUGAGGACGUCGAGCUCGAAUCCUCGGCGGGCGUCAUACCCGCGCCCAUCGCCCAGUACCUGCGAGAGUACCAGAUCACUGGCGUGCGAUUCCUCCACCGGCUUUUCGUCUACCAGGAGGGCGGCAUCCUCGGCGACGACAUGGGUCUGGGCAAGACGGUCCAGGUUGCCGCCUUCCUCACUGCGGCGUUCGGCAAGUCGGGCACCAAGCGUGACCAAAAGCGGAUGAGGAAGAUGCGCAGAGACGCCCGCCGCUGGUAUCCCCGCGUCUUGAUCGUCUGCCCGGGCUCUCUCCUGGAGAACUGGAAAAACGAGCUGCAUCGGUGGGGCUGGUGGCACGUCGAUGUGUAUCACGGAUCCGGGAAGGAGGAUGUGCUUGGCGCGGCGAGGGCUGGCAUGGUGGAGAUCAUGAUCACGACGUACCAGACGUACAAGAUGCAGCAAGACGCCGUCAAUACAGUCAAGUGGGAUGUAGUCGUGGCUGAUGAGUGCCACAUCAUCAAGCGUCCAGGCUCGGAAGUCACGAAGGCUAUGGAUCAGGCGAACGCCCUAUGCCGGAUCGGCCUAACAGGCACCGCUAUUCAGAACAACUACGGCGAGCUCUGGACCCUGCUCAACUGGACGAACCCAGGGCACUUCGGCACCUGGUCCGAGUGGGAAAGAACCAUCGCCAAACCGCUCAGGUUAGGCCAAUCUCAUGAUGCGACGCUGCACCAGCUGAGCAGAGGUCGGAUCACAGCGAAGAAACUAGUCACGAACCUCCUCCCCCCCUAUUUUCUGCGUCGGGUGAAGACCCUUAUUGCGCACCAACUUCCCAAAAAGAGCGACAGAGUCGUCUUCUGUCCCUUGACCGACGCACAGCGCGAGGCCUACAAAAACCUUAUCGAUUCGCCGGAGCUUGACCUUCUCCGGACCGUCGGGGAUCGCUGCGAGUGCGGCUCCGGCGCUGCCCGCGGCUGGUGUUGCGAUGAGCGGCUUCCUAACGGCAAGCACUGGAAGUCGAUCGUUUUCCCCAGCGUAAUGACGUUGCAGAAGUUGGCGAACCAUCUCACACUGCUCGUGCCUUCUUCAACUGCCGCCGAUCCUAGCGAGAAGCAGGAGCGGGAGAUGGCGACGCUGAGGACGUGUUGCCCCGACACUUGGGCUUAUUUGUUCACGAAUCGCGACGCCAUCAUGAACCUGGCGAAUCCCGAGUUUUGCGGCAAGUGGAAGGUGCUGAAGAAGCUCCUCAAGUUCUGGCACAGCAGCGGCGACAAGGUGCUGGUCUUUUCCCAUAGCGUCCGCUUGCUUCGCAUUCUCCAGCACCUGUUCCGCAAUACGAGCUACAGCGUCACCUACCUGGACGGAUCGCUCUCGUACGCGGACCGGCAAGGGGCCGUGGACGAAUUCAACUCGGACCCGACCCAGUUUGUCUUCCUCAUUUCGACCAAGGCGGGGGGCGUCGGGCUCAAUAUCACCGCCGCCAACAAGGUCGUCAUCUUCGACCCCCACUGGAACCCCGCCUACGACCUCCAGGCGCAGGACCGAGCCUACCGGAUCGGUCAGAGGCGAGACGUCGACGUCUUCCGCCUCGUCUCGUCGGGCACCAUCGAAGAGAUCGUCUACGCGCGGCAGAUCUACAAGCAGCAGCAGGCCAACAUCGGGUACACGGCGUCCUCCGAACGUCGCUACUUCAAAGGCGUGCAGGAGACCCUGGACCGCAAGGGGGAGAUCUUCGGCCUCGCCAAUCUCUUCGCGUACCGGGAGGACCAUCUCGUCAUCCGGGACAUCGUGAACAAGACGAACAUAGCCGAGGCCAAAGCCGGCACCGGUAUCGCCCUGGUAGGCUUGGAUAUGGAGCAAGCCGUCAACGACGAGGAGCUCCAGUGGAUCAAGCAGGAAGCGGCGCCGGGGGAAGGCGCCGGGGCGGCGGGAUCCGCCGAGGACGGAGGCAUGUCCCAGCUCGCGGCCCUGAUCACGAAAAAGACAGGCAGCAGCGGCAGCCACGGACCGGCGCAGCAGAAUGGUCACGACUCCCACCAGUCGCCGAAAAGCGACGCCAUCCAGGCCAUCCUCGCCUCUGCAGGCGUGGAGUACACGCACGAGAACUCGGAAGUGAUCGGCACGUCGAAAGUCGAAGAGAAACUAUCACGCGCGGCAGAGAUGGUCGCGGCAGCCCAGGGUGGGGAAGGGGGAGGCGGAGGCGGAGGCGACAGUGGAGACGGCACAAAUGACGAGGACGACGUGGACGGCGACAGCGCCCUGUUGGCUGAUGCGUUCACCAGGGAAAUCUUCGGCACACGGGGCCAGGGCCGGGGCCGGGGCCGGGGCACGGGGUUCCUGUACCGGUACAACCCGCCCGAGGACGUGAUGCGCCGCCAAUUCUGCACCAUGGCGCGCGAGUUUGGCUUCGCGUCGGCGACCCAGUUUGCGCUGGUCGUGGAGAGCUGGACGCAGGAGCAGCGCCGGAACUGCCUGGAUGCCUUUUACCGGAUCCGCGAGGGGAGGCUCCUCGCGCAGGAGGCGGUGGAUCGCGAGUCCGUCGUGGGCUUGGACUCGGUCGCCUUACACCGCGGUCCACAAGGCCACGGUUCUGUCUUUACCGAUGGGGCAGCUCCUGUCGACAAGACGAAGACGGAAGUCAAGAAUGAUGUGAAGGAAGAAGGAAGGUCGGUCCUCUGGAAGGUCCCAGCCAUGCCGCCGCCGCCGCCGCCAUCGUCGUCUUCCGCCGUGUCCGAGAAGAAACGAAGCUCGAUUUUCAUCUACGAUUCUGAUGACGACGAGACGGACGAGCUGUGAUGUGGGAAGGUUGGAUUACAAGAUCACCACGCGGGCGUAUCGUGCGGUUUCGACUUGGAGAACGUGGAAUAUAACGGGACAAGAUACCCCUGGCGUUUUGGACUUAUGAUGGGGCUUGAUGGGCAUGGUAGCGUUGAUAAUGAAAGAUGCGGUGCUCCAUUUGGGAGGGUUGAAGCGCCCAGCACCUCGUUUCUUAGACUUUUGGAAACGUCUUUAUAUAGUCCGAGGAGAGGAAUACCAUCAUGUCAUGGUGGUAUUCCUUUGAGCUGACAAUCAGGAAAGUGAUGGACUCAAAAGACACGCUAGGAAACCCACAUGAGACAGAGAACCGACGACAACAUGGCAUGAACAAAAAUGAACCAAUGCUUACAGUGUAUUUAUACAAAGAGAAC